UAUUGGGAAUAUCUAUGGAGCUAACCUUAGCACGACCAUCCGCCAUGAUAGUGUCAUUACGGUUUAUUAAGAACUUUGCGGACAUCGCUGCACCCCUCCACGACCUACCCAAGGGUGGCCAACCAGAAUUUUGUUGGACACCUGUGGCCGACGAAGCAUUCAAUGACCUGAAAAGUCGUCUGUGUUCAGCACCUAUCUUGUCCCUACCAGACUUCUCCGUUCCUUUCACAAUUUAUACGGAUGCCAGAGAUUUCGGCCUGGGCGCUGUCUUGUCCCAGCGAAGAGGUGAAAACGAGUAUGUGAUCGCGUAUGACAGCUGGACCUUCACGCCUGCAGAGAGAAAUUACUCGACCACGGAGAAAAAGUGUCUAGCCAUUGCCUGGACAGUCAAUUAUUGGCGGCCAUAUUUACUCGGAAAAACCUUUGACAUAGUGACAGACCAUCAAAGUUUAACGUGGUUGCAAGGAUUGAAAGAACCGAAGGAUCGUCUCGCCAGGUGGAUCCUUGCCUUACAGGAGUACGAUUUCGAAAUCAGGCAUCGCCCGGGUCGACAACACAGCAACGCAGAUACCCUAUCGCGUUUCGCUCGAGUGACACCUUCGAAUACCAGACCAAAGCGAAGAUGAGGACUUGAUGGUCGCUGUAAACGGUACCGAGGUGUGCACGUCGUGGUCCAAGGCAGAAAUCAUAAAGGCACAACAGGACGACCCAAGAUUUUCCGGAAUAAUGCAGAAGUUAAGCUGCAGCGAUGAUCUACCAGAGGAAAGAAAUGAUCAUGAUAAUUCUAAGGAGAUUGGAGAAAGGCGACGCUGCAGACAGUUGUGUUCACAACUAGAAAUGGUAGAUGGCUUCUACACCGUUGUGUAG